AUGGAUUCGGACGGCCCCUCCUCGGCUUGCCCAUCGAUUCGCACCGCCACCAUCACGUCUCGCCCUUCCUCCUCUUCCUCAGCACCACCCACCUCGCCAUCGGCAAGCGACCUCCCAGUCAGCACACCAAGCUCCAACCUCUUCGAGAUCCGCCAGACGCCUACGGCAGGACGCGCCGUCUUUGCCGCGCGAGACAUAACAGAAGCCACACUGCUAUGGCGAUCCACAGACAUCACAAUGAACGUCCUCCUGCGGGAAUACCGGCGCGAAGUCUGUGGACAAUGUUUCAGGUAUGAGUACGGGCGAGACUUGGAGAUCCGAGACAAGGGCGUGGGGUUCGCGUUCUGCAGCCAGCCAUGUCAAGAUGAAUGGCGCACUUCGCACGGCUCGAUCGGCGUGGAGGCAUGGACAGCAGUGGAGCAAUUGGUCAAGGGCCGAAGUAAAGAAGACAGCGAAAUGGUCGACGCCGAGCUCCCGCGCCCAAAAAUUCAAGAGAUCAAAGAAGCCUGGGAAGCAGCCGAUGCGCAGGCCUCCCUCAUUCGAAUUGCGCGGGGACGCGAUGGCGUGACGAAACAGCAUCGCAAAGCACUCUCACGCGCUCUUGCCGCUCCACUCAACCCCGACAUCCUAUCGUUUUGCCUCUCGGGCUUGUUGUGGCAUCAGCGCUGUCCAGAGCAGUACCCCUCCCUGCUCGCACUCGCAGAUGAUGAAACGCCAUACCAUAGUACCGACGACCUCGCUGCAUUUACGCGCACGUAUCUGCACCUCGUAUCCGUCCUACCACCCGAAUUACUCCCAAUUACCACUGCUGGAGUAUUAUUCACCCUGUCCUCUCGCGACAGCCACAACUCCUUCGGCAUACGAAGUCUCGAAGACGACGGAUCAGAGUUCUUCGGUUAUGGAUGCUGGCCAGCGGCAAGUUAUUUCAAUCACUCAUGCGCGCCGAAUGUGGAGAAAAGACGAGUGGGAAGAGCGUGGGAGUUUAGAUCGGGCAAAGACGUGAAAUGCGGAGAGGAGCUGUGUAUCACGUAUUUGAGUGGAGGGGAGAGGAAGUUGAGUCGGGACAAGAGGAUGGAAACUUUGAAGAAGAAUUGGAGCUUUCAGUGUGGGUGUGAGAGAUGUGAACCUGUCCUUCAAUAG